AUGCCAGGGAAAAAUCAUAAACAUGGUAGCGACGAUAGCAAUGCAAAAGGGCUACAAACAGAAAUUAAUCCUUUAUUACUGUCAGAUAAUUUAAACUUAGUAAAACAACAAUUUAAAAAUUCAAAUCAAAAUCCUUACUUACAAGAUAGCUCAUCUAAGUUUGUUGAUUAUAAAUUACAAAGGAGGUUUGAUAGAGGUCUAAAAUUUUUCAAAAAGGGAGAGAAACUUAAUGAGAUUGCAAAGAAAAGGAAGAUAAUUCAUGAUUCUAUAGAAAAAAAUAAGUUAGAACUACAAUUGCAAAAUGAAUUAGAGAGAAAAAGAUUAAAUGACCUGAGGACUAAAAUUGAAAACGCUGAAUUACCUGAUCAAACUAAAAAUGAAGAGAAAUAUUUAAAAUCAAUAGAAACAAUACCUAAAGUGGAAUGGUGGGAUGAGCCAUAUCUAAAUGAAACAUCUAAUUCCGAUACUCUUACUUUGGUAGAUAAAUAUAGAAAUGACUAUUCUAAUUUAAACGAAGACGAUGAUAGUGAUGAAGAUGAUGAAGAUGGUUUACAUCCUUCUCUAAGAUUUAUUCAGCAUCCUGUUCCAAUAGCGGCAAAAGCCAACUCAACUAGCGAAUCAUCAGUCGUGAUACCAAAAUUAUAUUUAACAAAAUUAGAAACCAAAAAAUUACGUAGAAAUAAUAGAAAACUCAUAAGAGAAGAGAAGGAGAGUCGAAUAAAGUCUGGAUUAGAUCCCAAGCCAGAUCCAAAAGUAAAAUUAUCAAAUAUGAUGGCAGUCUUUGAAAAUAAUCAAAAUAUCACUGACCCAACUGCUUGGGAAAAUACGGUUAAGACUCAAAUUAAUGAUAGAAAACAGAAACACUUACAAGAGAAUGAAAAGAGGCAUUUAGAGGCAGUAGAAAGGCGGAAAGCCAACGCUCUUCAGAAUAGUAUGGAUAUCAGCUCUUACUAUUGUAAGGUAUUCUAUUUCAAAAACUUACAGAACCCAAAAAUCCGUUACAAAAUCAAUACAAACUCUAAACAAUUAGCUUUGAAAGGUACCUGUCUACGAAUUGGUCAAGAUGGUCCUGGAGUUAUCAUAUCAAUUGGCAAAGAAAAGAGUUGUAAUAAAUUCGAGAAAUUAUUAACGAAUAGAAUACAAUGGAAUGAACCUUUCAAAGAUAGGGACAAUGACAAUAAAAUAAUUACACCUACUGAUAAUAUUUGCAUAAAAACUUGGGAGGGAAUCUUAGAGGAAUCAAAAUUUAACGGCUGGUUUAUGACAGUUUGUGAUUCGAGAGAGCAUCUUAUUUCAAUUCUUUCUCGAUCCAAUGCUGAGUCCUUUCUGGAUACACCGGGCAUGGAACUCUAA